CGAUCGGCAACAUGUCGUCGCGCCUAAGAAUUGAACAUGCUCCUCGGGUGCAGCUGCCAGCAGCCACCACCCUAGAUAGAGAAUGCGUCUCAAUAGCGCCCUGCCACUUGGUACAGCUUCUACCUGUGGGCCGCUAGGUGUAUAGCCUAGACUGGGCUAAUCGUAAGUUACCGUUAACACCACUUUUAAAUCCCAGGUUCAAGCGCCCGUUGCUCACAAGGUUGUUCUCUCACCCUCAACGUGUGUCCUAAGUCUCGUCCAGCCAAAAAUGUCCAGUACACCUCUUUCAGAUUCCAAGUUCUCUCUCGAUGUCUCUGGAGUAGCAGGUUUUUUCGGUGGUGAUGAAGCUGUUUCCGCGAUGGCAACCGUACAUGUGUACCAAGGGAGAAAAUGGCUGGGAUGGUACAAUUCACCCGGAUCAUACCUUAUCGCCAAGAGGUAUGGCCAACUCGCCAACUCGCGUUUCUGGGAUGGGCUGUUCCCAGGCGUCAACACCGACCCUGCCACGCUGUUCGAGCUGGAUGGUUGGAAGGGCCCAAAGUUCAAGGGUGUAGAGUCUGGGUCGAACAUCCCCGAAACUGGUCACCUCGCUUCUUUGAUGGUAAAAGAAUGCCAGAUGAAGCAGGGCAUUGAUGUGCCAGGGAGGAAAACUCAACCAGUUGGAGUCACGAUCGUUGACCUCCACUACGUCCCUGAUGGAACCGUGGCACCAAGGCAACUCACAAAAUACACCAGCGUUUUCGCUUUCAUCCCUAUGUCAGUAUCCUUCGGCACCUGCAUCGCGUGCGCUCUCUUCCGAGACUGGUACUCCUUCAGUAUGAUCUUGCUCGGAAUAGUCGCAAGCGGAAUAUCGUGUUUUGUCAUCGGAUCCGGAAAAUUCACUUUCUCUCAUCCCAUCCCAGCCCCGGGAGCGCCGCGAGGUGAUGGAUUGCUCAUCACCGAUAACAAUGCCAUCGUCCUACUUGGCGAAGAGGGCGCUGUCAAUUCCAUUACCCGUGGGAGAUUCUCUCUGAACUUCGGCAGUGAACCAGAAUACAGAAACAUCGGCAUAUGUUCGUUGAUCCUCACGACGCAAUUCAUCGCACAGCUGCUGCUCAUACCCCAGGCUGCGCUCUUCGGACAGAUUAUGUUCAUAACCUCGCUCGCAGUCUCAUGGGCAUACAACUCAUGGUUAUCAUCGUUGGAUAAGGCAGAGAUCCAGAGGAGGCUACUACUGGAUGUGGUCCUCAAGCGACCUUUGAUGACGAAAUAUAUGUUGGGCACGCGCACUACCAUGGCAGUUUUCGUUCUUCUGGCGUUGAAUCCAUCAGACCCAGCAAAGGUACUCGAUGAUCUUCUCCCAAACGAUACCAAAGUGUGGAAGAGGUGGAAAUCAAUUAUUCUGUCAAAGCUGCAGGACGGCGAGAAGAUGCACUUUCAAUCGGCCGACUGGGACUAUGGAAGUUUCAACGGGAGUGAGAGCACACUUCUGAAGACUCUCUUAGGGGACGCCCAGGCUGCCUAUGACGGGUAUUCCGACCACCAGAAGUUGCACUAGUUGCGCGAUGAAUUAGCACUCACCGAGUGCAUUUGACUGCUUAAUUUAUGGAACUGAUUGUGAAUGAUUGUGUUCUGGUUUCCGGUUCUCUCUACCCAUAUCUUGUGUCCUCGCCUCUGUUCCGAGUCUCAUACCUUUGUUUUAGCCCGAUACUGUCUCAGCUAGUGUUUGACACAUGUGUAUACGGUAUACCCUGAUAACCCCUGUAUGAAUCUCCUCAUGGAGAUGAUUUCUUGCCACCAUCCUAGUAUCCUAGAACGUGACGUUAUAGACCACCAUGACUCCUGGCAAACGGCUCUGUAGGUCAGAAAUGUUAGACCGCCUGGCUAUGUAUACUUAAUGUUAAGAAGUCCUGUUAUUGUG